AUGACGGUGGAUGCACAGGAUAGCACCCCAGCACCCCCAGCCGACCGCAGAGGGGCCGAACUGGAGACCGGAGGCGUCGGGGAACAGCCAGAGCAGCCCAAGAACAAGAGCAAUGGCGAUGGUAAUGCGCCUGCGGGAACUGGCCAGAAACCGAACCCGAAGGAUCCAUCAAGACCACGGCGGAAGAAAGCACGGAGGGCUUGCUUUGCUUGUCAACGGGCGCAUCUGACUUGCGGUGACGAAAGGCCGUGUCAACGGUGUAUCAAACGCGGUCUCCAAGAUGCGUGUCACGAUGGGGUUCGCAAAAAAGCCAAAUAUCUUCAUGAUGCGCCAGAUGGAGCGUUGAUGCCUGGAAUUGGUGGGAAUUUCUAUAAUAACUCGAUGCGCAAUAACUUGCCCUUGUCUAGAAAUGGCGCCAAUGCAGUUAAUGCCACUACACAGCCGAGUUCCAGUCCCAAUUUCUACCCUACGCCGCAGUCGAACUCUUAUAGUGUCUAUCAGGAAAAUACUAUGAACCAAAAUUCUUUCACCUCCCAGUCCCCUGUCUCGCCGACAUUCACCCUGAAAACUAACCCUGCCGCUCGAAACAACAGCCUUUCAUCACAAGUUGGUCAGCAGCCGCCCAGCACCGGCGUGUCCGGCGCGACCAACCCAAGCCAAAACCCAUUUGCCGGGCCCUUCUUUGACCCCAGUGACCCGGCCCUCUUUAACUUUGAUCUGUCUAGUAUGAACUUUGAGAAUCGCUAUGGUGCGUUGGAGUUUGGUAUGCUUGGACAUAUGGCUACUGGGGCUGGUGACUCACCCAGUGAUUCCGCUACCCAGCGAGGCUCAAUGGGACGUAGUGGCUCGGCUCAAUUCUCUGGUACGCCGAUCGCUGGCGCUGCAACUUUCGGCGAGAGCCCUGGCGGUCAACAGCCGUUCAUUUUUGGCGACCCUCUUCUGAAUGAAUGGUCUAGUGGGCAACCUACGGGCCAAACUCAUGUAAAUGUCGGAGGUGUUUACCCGCAGUCCGGCCAAGGAAGUGUAAUACCGGGACACUUGACUAAAGCAGAUGCGCCACAUGCGUUUGCGAUUGAAAGCGGCCCUGGCGGCUUUGCUAGCCCUAAUGCAACGACCAGUCCUCAAAUGACGACAGGCUUUGACGACGCUACGUUCAGCAGUGCUAUGACAGCAAAGUCAAAUGGCCUCUCUGCGAACGGACCACGACCUACGAUCACGACACCGAGUUUAAAGCACCAAAACUUGCAGGUCGGGGUUAGACGACGCCAACGGAACCCCUCAUCCAUAUAUGAGAACGUCAAGGAGCCGUAUGCCUACACCAAUCGUUUCCAUAAUCUGACCGCAUUCAUUCAGCGACGCUUCUCGCCACAGAAGACUUUACAGAUCGCUAAGGCGCUGGCGUCGAUCCGCCCGUCUUUCAUUGCGACGACCAAGACUCUGAACCGGGACGACCUAAUAUUCAUGGAGAAAUGUUUCCAACGAACCUUGUUCGAAUAUGAAGACUUCAUCAAUGCGUGUGGUACCCCAACCAUCGUUUGUCGACGCACGGGGGAAAUUGCGGCUGUAGGAAAGGAGUUUAGUAUCCUUACCGGGUGGAAGAAAGAUGUCCUUUUAGGUAAGGAGCCCAACCUGAAUGUCAAUACAGGUGGCUCUGUUCCGGGCUCGGGUACAUCAUCACGGAGCUUUACUCCACGAGGCUCCGUGGUGGAAAGCACUCCUGGUCGCCCGCAACCAGUUUUCUUGGCUGAGCUGCUUGAUGACGACAGUGUGGUGGAAUUCUAUGAAGAUUUCGCCCGACUUGCCUUUGGGGACUCACGUGGUAGUGUCAUGACGACUUGCAAACUCUUGAAAUACAAAACGAAGGAGGACAUGGAGAAUCAGUCGGAUGACAACCAACGGUGGAACAAUCAUCUCCGCAAAGGAGGGAUUGCCAGCGAAGCGGGCAUGAAUCAACUGGGCUUUAAAGACGGCAAGGUUGAAUGCGCAUACUGCUGGACAGUAAAACGAGACGUAUUCGACAUUCCUAUGCUUAUUGUGAUGAAUUUCUUGCCAUGCAUUUGA